CAGCGCUGUGCUCUGGGUUUCCCAAGUGUCCUGGCGUGCUAACGGCAGAGGCAGCAAUAGCAGCAGCCGCCGACUCCUAAUAUAUUCACAACGCUCAGCUGUUUCCACAUGCCAGCCUGUGAGCUGGCGUCGGCAGCAGCGGCGGUUGCGCUAGCUGCGCAGAGCUACGCCUGUCGUUGGUGCUCCCGCAACACAAAAGCAAGACCAGAAAUACCGUUGGAACACAGUUAAAAAUGGUCCAUCGUGGCGACAGCAUCCCGGGCAAUUGGCAAAGCGGAAUACUGCUGUUACCAACACCGUUUGUGUGGACCUCUGCACUGAAAUUCAAAUUGAAACUGAAACUGCUGCCUUCGAAUUGGGUGCAAGUAGCACAGCUUUCAGUGGAAACUGCUCGAAGUGCUCGACUCGCUCGAGCUCAAGUGCAUUUUCAAUGAACGCCGCAGCGGCGAACGGAGUUAAAUCGACUGUGUCGAAGUGAAGUGGAGUGCCAGUGAAAGGGUUAAGCGCGAAGUGCGCUAAACGGAAGUGAAGUUGAAAGAAAGUUGCAUAAAAUCGUCGGGUGUUCCAGUGCGAAAUCGUGAAGUGAACGAAAGAGUUUUGAAUUUAAAAAGGAAGUGAGCAGAAAGUACGAAAUCUCGCGAAAACUUCAAUAAAACGGAAUGUGUCAAGCAAAAAGUAAACAAAUUGAAGCAUAAAAGAACAGUUAUUUAAAUCUUUCUAGGAACAUUUUAAAGCAAAACUUUAAUGACUAAAGUGGAACGCGGAGGAGUAAAGUGAAAGAGUAAUACCGCAACCAUAACAACAUGAAGCACGAAAGUUCUUUUCACACCUAGCAGCAACAAUAACAGCAACAACAUUGUCACCACUUACACCCGCAGCCGCAUCAUUUUUGCGCUGAGCAAGCGCCUACGAGCUGAAAGCAGCACAUCGACUUCCGGCAAAAAUUUCGCACCUUCGCUGCGGUUGUGGGCGCCUGGCUCUAAUUACAACAACUGCCAAGCUUUUCAAAAAUCAACUGAUUGCCUAGCGACGAAGUUAUUUCGAGCCAAAGCGCCAGUGUCAGUCAUAACGGCAGUUGUUGCCAAGCGAAAAGAGCACCAGCAGCAUCAAUUACAAAGGGAAUUUCACAAAGCAACAACAAAAUUAGCACAGCGAAAAAAUAAUUACGGUCGCACCACGAAACAACCGUUAGUAACAGUGAUUAACCGUGUACAUGCUUGUGUAUGUGGGUGUGUGCGUGGGCAAAAGGAUCUUGUGUAACCCACAUAUUAUAUGAACAAACAAGCGCUGAAAUUAUUAUCAUGUUACUCAACGCGAAUGAGCUUUAUUGCUUAAUGACAACAAUAACGUGUGCGUAUCUAUUGGCAGUGGGUGGCGAUGCGGUGUACUACUAAACUUUUGUAGAUAAGAAGAUACGAGGACGUACGAAGUGUUGGCACUGGUUGCAGAUUCGCUGUGAAUUUUUCGGUUUCGAUUUCGGUUUGGACUUCGCUUUCGGUUUCGAUUCCGACUUCGAUUUCGGUUUCGAUUUGUCUUUCGGUUUCGAUACUGUUUCGAAUUUUAUUUUUACUGUUAACAUUGUUCUUGCUUUACUCAAGUAACUCUCACGCAGAGCUCGUUAAAGCCUGAAGUUAUUUUGAUGGGUUCACCAACCCUGGCAUUGUAAAAACAGCCUGGCUUAAGCUGCAAAAAAGAUGAUUAUGUGAAAAAGAAAUAAGCGAAACAAACGGACAGCAAAUUCUGUAUAUCUUGUGUGGGUGUUAAUGUAAUUAAAUACAACUUUCGUCUAGUUAGAAGUGUCUAGGGGGCGCUUGAAGGAAUAUCGGAUGUGGAAAAUAGUAAGCAAUAAAUGAAGCGUCGCAAACAAAGAAAGUGCACAAAAGCAGGAAAACAAAAGUCCGCAACAACAAACAGAACAAUAACCAGUUACGUGUGGAAAAGCGCCAAAAAAUCAUAAAAUUCUUCGCCUAAGAUAGACAGCAACCUUCGAAUUUGUUGGGUAAACUUUGUAGUAUUCCGAAAAAUAUUACUGGCAAAGCGAAAGGACGUGUGAGUAGCACGAAGCAGACGAAGCGAGCGGAGGACGUGCAAGCAACUUUGCAUAAAUCGCAACUAAAUCCUUUCAACAACCGACAAGCACUCACACACAGAUAACUCACACGCAAACACAUAACUUUAGUUGAGCGAAGAACGUUUUAAGGGCAAUAACAACAAACAGCAAGCAAAUGCAAAUUGAAACGCCGUAAACAGCAACAAUCAAAACGAAAAGCAAUAAUAAUCUUAAACAAACAUAAAUAUUUGAGGUAACUACAAGCAAAGAGCAACACCAACAAUAACAACAAUAAUAAAUAGCACGCACCUACAUACAUAUAACCACAAGUGAGUACAACAACAAAAGUGAAGUUUCACAACACCAAGUAAUCAAAUCAAUCAGCAAAGCCAACAAGCAUGCCUGAGAGAGCGGCGGAGAUAUUUUGAUUUCGCACACAAAUAUCACAAAUCUCACAAAUCAGAAAUCAGAUUUCAUAUUUAUACUUCAGCUACUGCAGAAAACACAAACAAACAAACUGGUGGAGUCGAAGGCGAACGUUGGGUGCUUGUUUGGUUUCAAUUAUUAUUAAAUUAUUUAUUUAUAUGCGUCAAAGCAGCAAAAUCAAAAGCCACCACAAAAACAAAAGCAAAAAACAACAAAAACACAGAGAACGUACUCAAAGCAGUCAAGGGGUGCUCAGCAAUUGGUUACAUCGUAUUCGCCGCUAUAGCCGCCCGGCCAACCAUACAUAUGCCGAGUAUAAUGUGGAGUACAAUAUCGCCGACAAAUUCUAAGAAAUUACUUAUUGGCAGCACCCGAAGCGUCGACUAUGUCGGAAACAAUAACAAUCAGCAGCAGCAGCAAUUACAGCAACAUCAUCACCAAUAUCAUCGGCAGCAACGGCAGCAACCGCAAAUACAUAACGCAACGAAGGCAGCAGCAACAGCAACAACAACAACAACAACAAAUCAAACUGACAUUGCAACGGCCACUGUCAGAGCAGCAGCAGCAGCAACAAAAGGAAGAGAAACCACAGCAACGCCCACAAUCACAGCCACAGCCACAGCAACAAGCACAGCAGCGAACACACCGAAUCGUGCAGCAGCAGCAACAACAACACCAACAACCGCCAGCAAUAAAACGCAAUCGACGAAAAUCUCAAUCGCAAUGGAAAUUCACAUACAAAAUAAGUGCAUCUCAGCAUAGCGCAUCACUCUGGAGGGUGGCGCGGAGCCCCCAUGGCUGCAGGGCCCCCUUAAAGCGGCAUUUUUGGGGGCCUCUGGCGUCGGCAAAACCAGCAUAUUACAGCAAUUCUUCUACCACGACUUUCCGAAGACACAUCAGACGACUACCCGCAGAAAGAUCUACAAGAGCUGUCUGGUGUGCGACACUUGCAUACGCGAGCUGAUGGUACUCGACGUUCCACCCCAGAAACGUUUCCCGGCCGAUAACUUUGCCGAAUGGAAUAAUGGACAUCCGCUGGGGUUGCGAACCGUACACGCAUAUGUUUUAGUAUUCGACAUGGGCAAUUUGGAAACAUUUCAGUACUGCCGCGCAAUGAGAGAGCAAAUAUUGGAUAGUUUUAGUCAUCGAGAUUUUAGUAUAAUUGUAAUUGGUAAUAAAUACGACACGGUCACCGAGCUGCAGGCUACUUCACAGGAACUAAAGGAUAUCUCCACACUGGUGCGCAAACAUUGGCGUUGUGGCUAUGUGGAAUGCUCUGCCAAGUAUAAUUACAAAAUUGGCGACGUAUUCCGAGAACUGAUGGGCUGUACCAGCUCCGGUGCCAUUGUCAGCGAAUUCACACAAUCAACUAGGAAUAAAGGGCGUUGCACAAUACUUUAGCGUUAUCUGCUCAAACUCUUCAAAGAAGGCAUAUGAGUUGCGGUCAAAGGGUCCAAGCUACAGCUGUAUAAUUUCGAGCCCAUCGCAAAAUUUCCCACGAACGAAACGAAAGACUAACCAAAUGCCGCCAAUUUAGGUAGAUAUACUUACUUACUUAGGUAUGCACCAUAUAACGGAGUAAAGUCACAAAUUCACCUGCAAAAAUCAAAUUGUUGCAGCUGUUAGCUCCCUUAAGGGCGAAUUCAUGCUAGUUUAUGUGGAUUAAAAUACGCAAAUAGCCAAACAAUUUAGAACUUGUAAUUUGUAAAUACUACGUAUGUAUAUGUAGUGAAUUAAAGCAACGCUAAAGUAGAUAUACUUCUAGAGAAAAAAUUGGGAAAACAAUAAUAAAUUUAGCUUAGUAUAGAAAUUGUUAUACAAAAGCAAGUAAUUCGCGAUUUAGAACUAUAUAUAGCUGAAUAAAAGGUAUUAGUAUACCCAUUUUAUUUUUCAUUAUCCGUAUAAUAAACCGAGAAUAGAGUCUAAAUUAGAAGCUAUACGAAUGUUCACUUUUCAAUUUGAUUUCACUUAGAAUUUUAAUUAAAAUUAACUUACUUGCAUUAACGGUAACUAUAAUAAAUUAAGAUAUAUAAUUUAUUUUCUAAUUUAAUCUCAUUAAGCCAUUCGCUCUCAACUGUGCUCUCAUGUAAGGUUGACCAUAUCCUGCUGAGCGACGUAAGCGAUGGUGUGAGUAAAUUCGAGUUCUCAACGAGAACUUAAGACUUUCCAUAUGUAAAAAAUUAAGCGAUCCGUUAUUUUAAAAUACCGUUACAUGGAUUCGGACUUAUAUAUCAAUUUAUUCUAAUGACAUGCACAUGGAGCAACUCUCAAAAAUUUUCAAGUUCCAUUUCAAAUUUAUUUAUCUCCUAACCAAAUUCAAAUAGUCCUGAUUCUCUUUUGGAUAACAUGGGAAAAUCUCUGACUGUCACUUUUGACCCUAUAUAUUUUUGUUUUUUAGACGUGUGGUUUUCAAAGAGAAUUUUGAAAACUUGCACGUGAUUUGGGCUCGGUUUGAUUUCCUAUUUCAUAAUGAACUGAUUUAGUUCAGAGCAACAUUUCUAAAUCGUGUAAAUUCAUUACCAAAAUAAUGAUUCAGCUCGAACGACACAUCGCUAAUUACAUCAAAUAUUCAAUCGACUGAAUCAUCCAGGAAAGUUGGCAAUUCCAACAACCAUGAAUCUGUUUCGCAGCACAUUUAUUCUAGUGGAUAAUCCGCAGAAUGUCUGUACUGUACGCAUUAAAGACGCUAUUGUUUCUGUGGAGCCGAAUCUCGAAGGAUAUUAGUUUGUGGGCUUCCAAAGAUCAACUCUUACAAAAAUUGACAACGGACGACAAUCAGGCGCGUCCCACGUUCGAUGAUUGAGCCCAAAACGAGAUGGACACCUAUUCCGAUUAUCACAAGAAAAUAUUGUUCAGGGAUGACGGUCACUUUUGGUUGAAUGUGUACAUUUAUAAACAAAUUCGUCGCGUUUGGAGUAAUGAUAAUCCUCAACCCAUUGUUGAGACACCAUUCGGUGAGUUCUAUAGGCAAACGCGCAUAUUUGUUCAAAAAUGAAGUCAUCCAUAAUGCAGUCAAUGGGAACCCUUUUCGAGCCAUGAUUAAUUAUGUUUUCAUACCGAAAUUUGGAGGACAAGAUAUCUCUACUUGCCAUACAGCCAGCGAAACAAUCAAUUUACUGAAGAACAUUUUUGCUGAAGGCAACAUGUAGUGAACUGCUGGACUAUUUUUUGUCGGAUUACCUGAAAUCACUUGUCUACGCAGAUAAGCCCGAGAAUAUUCAGCGUGUUACAAGCCACCAGAGAUUCCAAAAGUCCUGUUUACUUUGGAAAAAGCCUUGUAUUGUUGGCAUACAUCUCAAUCGCAUUUCGGGUUGAAGCCAGUCGCGUCGAUUACUUGUCCUAAAUCAUUUUUAAAAUUUAAUAGCAAAUCCUUAUCUUUAUAAACAACAUUAAAUUAUUUAAUUGCAUUUUAAUACUUUUUGAAAACUACAUGUCUAAAAGAACGCAAUCGAGAUAGGAAGGGGGAGUAAGUAGGGGUAAAGAAACAGAAAUGCACACUUUUAUAGUCUAAAAAUUAUAAUGAAAUGACUUCUUCGUUAAAUUUCCGACCAAUCCUUCAAAUUUUUUACUAAAUGUGCGAUUCAAAAUCCAAUUUGAAACCAUCAAUAACUUUAAAUUUAGUUUUUUAACAAAGCAAUCAAUAUUAAUUUUCAAAAUUCCUCUAUAUCGAGUCCUUACAACAAUAUUUUGGCUUGAACUCAUGAGAAGAAAAGAAGAAAAUAUUGAAUUUUCCAAAACUUGGGAUAACUAAUGCUCCCAGGUAUCUCGAACAACAAAAUUGUUGUAAAAUAUAAACUUGCUAAUUUUUUUGAACAGAGAAUUUAUGUUUCAACGCUCUUAAAGCGAAGAAAUCUUAUUACAGAACCGUUUUCGCUAUUGUUAUCUUUCGUUACUAAGCUUCGGAGAGUGUCACAUCGAAGUAGCAUGAAGAAGGGAAGUCAAAUUUAUUUGCACAAAUCAAAUAAUAAUGGGUUAUCCGCAUAAGAGAGAGAGUGUUUGAGCUUAACGUUUUAAAUUUCAUGAACGACUUGCUAAAAACUAUUAUAAAGCGAUAAUUGGGAUUUAUUUUACUUUGAGAGGAGUGCAAUGGGGACAACAUGUGGUUUCAAGGUACGUUUACUAAACGAACUUUUUCUCAAUUACAAAAUCUACUCAAUCUAAUUGGGUAACAUUUUUAAAAAUUUUUAGACUCUUGACUCGGUUUUACUUUUUUCGUAUUAUUAUGUAAUUAAGAUUUGUUUGUAUUUGACUUUUAAGUUAAUUUUCGAAGUAAAGUAUUGGUUACUAAACUAUGCAUGUAAUAAAUGUCUAAUAUUUAAAAGUAUUUUUCCGUUGGCUAUAGUGAAAAACUUUAUCCCACCAUAUUUUACAAUAAAAAAAUCUUUUAAA